GUUCUGGUGAUUGAUUGAAUCAUUCUGUGAUCCUCAGAUGAUGUGCGGUGUCGCUGAAGAACAGUCACCUCUUCCAAGCUCUUAGUGACAUCUGAAGUCUGAAUUGUUUGCUUUGGCCUCAUAAAGACGCCAGCAGAGAGUUUCACAGCAGCUGGAUUGCUUUAGACUCACUGUCAUACAUACACAUCCUGAUAUCGUUUAGGGAAGGUUCUGAGGUUCUGCAGCAUUAUCAUGACGUGUCGGGACCGCACACUUGAGUUUCAGUCGGCUUGUAAGUCACUGCAGGGGAGACAGUUACAGAAUGGGACUCACACUAAACCUGCCAUUAAUGCCAUUAAACAGCGCAGUGACUUCACUCUUAUGGCCAAGAGAAUUGGGAAAGACUUGAACAACACGUUUGCCAAGCUUGAAAAGCUUACAAUUUUGGCCAAAAGGAAGUCUUUGUUCGAUGAUAAAGCAGUGGAGAUUGAGGAGCUAACGUACAUCAUUAAACAGGACAUCAACAGUCUGAACAAGCAGAUAGCGCAGCUGCAAGACCUUGUACGAUCCCGCAGUGGGCAAAAUGGCCGCCACAUCCAGACACAUUCCAACACAAUUGUUGUCUCCCUGCAGUCCAAACUGGCAUCAAUGUCAAACGAUUUCAAGUCAGUCCUGGAAGUGAGAACAGAGAAUCUGAAGCAGCAGCGCAGCAGAAGAGAGCAUUUCUCCCAGGCCCCUGUCUCGGCCUCUCCUCUGCUCGCCAAUAACUUCAGUAUGUCACAUCUUUAG